CCACUUGAAGACCAAUAUGGCAAGGAGUUCUACCGCUGUAUAGAUGAGAUCUUACGCGGUCGGAUGCUUGUAUCACCGGAAUUUGCGAUUAACUACGGAACUCAAAGUGGUAGUCUGGAUAUUUAUAUUUCGGAUAUGAAUUGGGGUAUUAAACUCUUGAGAGACAAUGAUCAGAUCUCAGAGUAUCUUGAUCUGUUUAAACCCGGAGGACAGGACCACUGCCUCGUACAAUAUAACGUCAUGAAAGAGUGGAUUGUUCUUAAUUUCACAACCAGAAGACCUUCU